UAUAUUUUAGGUAUCCAAUUGGAAAACAUACUUGUCAGAAUUUUCUUGCUGGAUUAAUUUGCUAUAUUGAGCUUCUUCAUCAUUUGAUGUGAUGUCAGCUACUAAUAGCACAAUUAUUUUGCCACUAAGCACUCGCAUCACUUUGGCAUUUUUUAUGAGCUUACUAGCUUUUGCUAUAAUGCUAGGAAAUGCUGUGGUCAUUUUAGCUUUCGUGGUGGACAAAAACCUUAGACACCGAAGUAAUUAUUUUUUUCUUAACUUGGCCAUUUCUGACUUCUUUGUUGGUGUGAUCUCCAUUCCUUUGUACAUCCCUCACACGAUGUUUGACUGGAACUUUGGGAAUAAAAUCUGUGCAUUAUGGCUCAUUAUUGACUAUGUUUUGUGCACAGCAUCUGUGUAUAACAUUGUGCUCAUCAGCUAUGAUCGAUACCAGUCAGUCUCAAAUGCUAUAUCUUACAGAGCUCAACACACUGGGAUCUUGAAGAUCGUGGCUCUGAUGGUGGCUGUCUGGGUGUUGGCCUUUUUAGUGCAUGGGCCAAUAAUUCUAGUUUCAGAGUCUUGGAAGAAUGAGAAGAAAGAUUGUGAACCUGGAUUCUUUUCAGAAUGGUAUAUCCUUGCCAUCACGUCAUUCUUGGAAUUCCUCCUUCCCGUCUUCUCAGUGGCUUAUUUCAAUAUAUAUAUUUACUGGAGACUAUGGAAGCGUAGUAAUCUAAGCAGGUGGCAAAGUGGUGCUGGACUCACUGCUUCUGUCUCUUCCAGUAACUGGGGACGCUCAUUCAGUUCUAGACUGUUUUCAAGAACUUCUCUUCCUGAACCGAAGGAAGGGGAGGAAGCAGCGGCGUCCUUUCGUUCCAAGAGACAGAGCAGUCUCCUGUUUUCUUUAAGAACUCAGAAGAAUAGGAGCAUAACUGCUUCCAAAACGGGUUCCCUCUCCCAAUCAGAUUCCCUAGUUCUUCACCGAAGGGAACAUCUUGAACUGCUCAGAGCCAGGAAAUUAGCCAAGUCACUGGCCAUUCUCUUAGGUGUUUUUGUCAUUUGCUGGGCUCCCUAUUCUCUGUUCACAAUUGUUCGUUCAAUUUACCCCCCAGAUCAGCGUCCUGAAACAAUUGUGUAUGAAAUCACAUUUUGGCUUCAGUGGUUCAAUUCCGUUGUCAAUCCUAUUUUGUAUCCAUUGUGUCACAAGAGUUUUCAGAAGGCUUUCUGGAAAAUACUUUGUAGGAAAAAGCAACCCAUAUCAUCACACAAUCAGUCAAUGUCCUCUUAAAGAUAAUUUUAUUGCUUACAUAAAUUUUAGUCUUAAUCUCACCGAAAUGAAUUUGAUCUGGCAUUCAUCUUGCCCUUUCCAUUCUACCAGAAAAGUUCAUAAAAUCAUAAGACUUGAAAACUUAAAAAAACACGGAACCUGGAAGUCAGUGGAAAAUUAUUCCAGUGAAUAAU